AUGGUAGAUAGUAAGGACAAGGAAGGGAUUGAAGGAUAUGCAUCUGUAUCUGUCUUUGAAAGAUUUAGAACUCUAUUUGACUUCAGUACAAUAAAAGAUGCUACUAAUGACUUCUCUGACAUAAAUAAGCUGGGUGUUGGUGGAUUUGGUGUUGUUUACAAGGGUAGGCUUUCAAAUGGACAAGAGAUAGCUGUGACGAGACUCUCUAGAAAUUCUACACAAGGUGAAGUGGAAUUUGAAAAUGAAGUUGCUUUAGUAGCCAAGCUGCAACAUAGGAAUCUUGUUAGAAUGCUAGGCUUCUGCUUGGAAGGAAAAUUGUUGAUCUAUGAGUUUGUCCCCAACAAAAGUCUUGAUUACUUCUUAUUUGACCCAAUCAAACGUGCAGAUUUGAAUUGGGAGAAGCGUUAUAACAUCAUAGAAGGGAUUGCACGUGGUCUUCUUUAUCUUCAUGAAGAUUCUCAAUUCAAGAUUAUUCAUCGUGAUCUUAAGCCUGGAAAUAUUUUACUUGAUGCUAAAAUGAACCCAAAGAUUUCGGACUUUGGCCUGGCAAAACUAGUUGAAAUGGAACAAACUCGAGAGAAAACAAAAAAUGUUGUCGGUACCAUUGGAUAUAUGGCCCCAGAGUAUGCUAUAAAGGGUCGAUUUUCUGUGAAGUCUGAUGUUUAUAGCUUCGGAGUUAUUUUGCUCGAGAUAUUAAGUGUGAAAAAAGUCAACAGUUUCUACCAUGGGAAAGAUUCUCAAAACCUUCUUGGAUAUGCCUGGAAACUCUGGCAAGAAGGAAAAGGUUUGGAGUUUAUAGCCCUUUAUUGA